AUGUUGGAUGUGUUAUGCUUGUGUCUCUCUCACAAUUUGGCUCCAAUGGCUGUCUUAGCAAAAGAACAACCGAGACCAGUUGACAAGAAAAACAUUAACAUUGUUAAACAAGCGGAAUGUACGGCAGCUUGGAAAAGUGGUUACUAUGCAAGACCACAAGGUAGAUUACCAAAGCAUGACGAUAAAAACCACUUCAAAAAUGGAAGGCGACAAUGCCGUAAAAUUAAGGAACUAUUGGUCACGAAAGAAGGAACGGAACAAAAGAAUCAAGAGACCCCUCAAUUCGAGAAUGGAAAGGUGCCGCCGAUAAUGAAAUACGACCAAAAAAUAAGCACAAGUUAUACACCCAUCACCUUAAUCGUUCACGUUCUAAUAAUAUGCCAACAUCUUUACCUCUUGUACAUCACGUCCCCAACAUGGAUACGCUUUGCGUCAUUCACACAAUUGGUAUACUUCACCACUACUUGCUUUCACAUUGCAAUGUUACUUGCAAAUGUGUUCAAGAAGACACAAUUGGAGCGAGCAUUUGUGUUAUAUGGAACUUGGAUAAUCUGGAUGGGUUGGGCGAUGUGUUUGUGGUUUGUCCGCUCUGAAGAUAGACCGGAUUCCAUUUUAUUUCGGUCCCUCACAUCAGAUGAAGAAGAUAUGUCCGAACUUGAGUACCUUCUUGCUCCGAUGGACGUUGCCCCGUUCCUCAUGCACGGGAAAUGGUCAACGACUACCUUACCUAUAUUUUCGUUCUUCCUUUUACUCGUUAUUCGUCGAAAUCAUUGGGGUUUGAUCGUUUGGGAACAUUUGGUCUUGCUAGAUUAUUCAAGAAACCUCAAGUGGUAUCGUUCAUGGUGCGUUGGAACCGGUGCCGGUUGGAUGCUUACUUGGGAAGCUGCAAGAAUUUGGCUUCAGAUUCCACUAUCUUUUCCUAAUUCCGAAGGUAGCAUCGUUUUUUAUAAAACUGACCUUCCAUCGUUUCCUGGCUUAUUCAACGUCCUCAUUGCUAGUGUUAUCGCCGGCAUCUUUAUGAUGUGUUGGUGGAGCUUCUGGACAUUUCAAUAUCGAGGAGUCAUAUGGAAGAAAGAAUUCAAGGAAGGUGUUGUCGUAUGGCUAUCGGAUGGUUGGAUGCGCGUUGGCGGAAUCGGUUGUUGA